CAUACGGAUCUGACGUUUUACAGCGCGGGUCUGUCAAAAACUAUCAGCCGCUAAUCUGUAAUAUUUUCCAGGAAGCGACUCAAAUCCUGCUUGUAAUGACUCUGUAGCUUCUUAUAAACAGGGAAAUAUAUCACAACUAUAUCACAACGCACUGUUGUGGUUUUUCAACUCUUUUCCGGGAUUGUAAUCUUAAACGUUACGUGACAGCUCUUAAAUGGGAUUAGCACUCAGUUAAGCCAGUGUAAAAUAAUGAAUGUAGCCUACUUGCUCCUUAGCUUGGCUGAUAGCUGGAACUUUGUGCUACCCCGUUAAUCUUUAGACUUCUCUGUUUUUUGUUUUUUUUACUAACAUAUUGGUAGAAAAAUGCCUCGAUAGCUGAGCAGGUUAUAACUUGCGAGACCCAUCUGUGUGCGUCUUAACGUAGACAUCCAGUAACUGCCUACAGUUCUCCAAUCGGUUCAAGGAGACGAAAUUUGGAUAACAUGGAAAGCUACAACCAAAGGUUUGAGUCCACCUCAGGACGAGACAAUAAGCCUCAAAAGAAGAAAGGUUCUCACAACAGCACGUCUGGGUUUGAAGAAGGAGACCGCAAACCAAAGUUUAACGUGGCCUUUAGAAACCUCACAGACGAUGUGCUGGACAGAUUUGCGAGCAUUCGAAUUCCCGGCAGUAAAAAGGAACGUCCAGCCUUAACGCUCUCUAAACAUAACUCCAAUGACUGGUCCACUGCUUCAGCAUCCACCCUCCAUCAUUUUGAGGAGCUCUCUUCAAAGAUCACCUCGGAAAAAGAGAUCUUGGCUCUGUUUGAAAAGAUGAUGGAGGACAUGAACUUGAAUGAGGACAAAAAGACUCCUUUGAGGGAAAAAGACCUCAACACAAAGCGAGAAAUGGUCAACCAGUAUAUUUUUGCCUCCUCAAAAACAGGCAGCCUGAAGAAAAGCCAUCAGAUAUCUCCUCAGGAAUUCCUCAGUGAGCUGAAGUCAGGGGUGAUGGACGAACGUCUGUUUGCCUGUCUAGACUCAUUGCGAGUGUACCUGACAAGCAAACCUGUGAGUUGGGUGCAGAGCUUUGGGCAUGAGGGCCUUGGAUUACUGCUGGACGGUUUGGAGAGGCUGCUGUUCAAGAAACAGCAGGAGAAGAUUGACAAAAAGAACCAACAUAAAAUUGUCCAAUGUCUCAAAGCCUUCAUGAACAAUAAGUAUGGCUUGGAUCGAAUUCUAGGAGAAGAGAAAAGCCUUGCCUUACUAGCAAGAGCCAUCGAUCCCACCCAGUCUGCCAUGAUGACCGACGUUGUAAAGCUCCUGUCAGCCAUCUGCAUUGUGGGCGAGGAGAACACCUUGGAGAAGGUUCUUGAGGCCAUCACAACAGCAGGGGAAUGGCGAGCCAUUGAGCGGUUUAGUCCAAUUGUGCAUGGACUGCGAGAUCGCUCCAUUCAGCUACAAGUGGCGUGCAUGCAGCUCAUCAAUGCCCUGGUAACUUCUCCUGAUGAGCUGGACUUCAGACUGCAUAUUAGAAAUGAAUUUAUGCGUUGUGGCCUCAAAGAGAUAUUGCCGCAACUAAUGACCAUCAGGAAUGAGGCCCUGGACAUUCAGCUGAAAGUUUUUGAGGAGCAUAAGGAGGAAGACAUGAUGGAGUUCUCUCAUAGAUUGGAAGACAUCAGGAGUGAAAUAGAUGAUGCGGGGGAUGUAUUCAGCAUUGUGUUUAGCAUGGUGAAGGACAGCAGUGCAGAGCCCUAUUUCCUCUCCGUCCUGCAGCACCUCAUGCUUAUACGCAACGAUCACUUGGUCAGGCCCCAGUACUUUAAGAUCAUUGAUGAGUGCAUUUCUCAAAUUGUGCUGCACCGCAGCGGCACCGACCCUGACUUUAGUUACCGCAAGCGCCUGGAUGUGGACUUCAGCCACCUUUUGGAGGUCUGUGUGGACAAAGCUCGUGUUGAUGAGUAUGAACAAAGAGCUCUAGAGCUGGCACAGAAGUUUGAUGAAGAGUUUCUCAGCAGACAAGAAGCACAAUCUCAGCUGGCUAAAUGUGAAGAACAAAUAGCUGGACUCCAAGCAGAGUUGCAGGCCUUCAGGUCCCAGUUUGGAUCAGUGCCCGCCAGUCUGCCCUCAGCCAAGGUUGGAACACCAUCACCGUAUCCGGCAUUUGCAUCUGUACCUCCAAGCUCUGGUCCCGAAUCAGGAGUGCCAGCUCCUCCACCUCCUCCUCCACCGCCUCCCCUACCUGGAUGUCCUCCUGCACCUCCUCUGCCUGGAAUGCCUCCUCCGUUUGGAGCCCCACCUCCACCUCCUUUAGACUUUGGGGGUGGUCUCGGUUCCCCCACCCACCACACGCUGCCUUUUGGCCUCAGGCCGAAGAAGGAGUUUAAGCCUGAGACUUCAAUGAAGCGCCUCAACUGGUCAAAGAUACGUCCACAGGAAAUGUCAGAAGAUUGUUUCUGGGUGUUGGCUGAUGAGGACCAGUAUGCCAAACCAGAACUGCUCAGUAGAGUUGCUCUUACCUUUGGUUCACAGAGAACAGCUAAAAAGGAGGAAGAGGAUCUGGAGGAAAAGAAAUCCAUAAAGAAGAGGAUUAAAGAGCUUAAGGUGCUCGAUCCCAAGAUUGCACAAAAUCUCUCAAUCUUCUUGGGUUCCUACCGUAUGCCUUAUCCGGAAAUACGUCGCAUGAUAGUGGAGGUGGAUGAGGAGCAGCUCACUGAACCUAUGAUCCAGAACCUCGUAAAGCACCUCCCAGAGCAGGAACAGCUGAACACGCUGGCCAAGUACAAAAACGAGUACACAAAUUUGUCAGAGCCUGAGCAGUUUGGGGUUGUGAUGAGCAGUAUGAAGCGGCUGCGACCUCGCCUUAGCCACAUUCUUUUCCGACUCCAGUUUGAGGAGCAUGUAAACAACCUACGUCCAGAUAUCCUGGCAGUAAACGCAGCAUGUGAAGAGGUCAGAAAGAGCCGCUCUUUUGGCCGUCUGCUGGAGCUGGUGUUGCUGCUGGGAAAUUACAUGAAUGCAGGCUCUCGAAAUGCCCAGUCAUAUGGCUUUGACCUCAGUUCUCUAUGCAAGUUGAAGGACACAAAGUCUGCAGACCAGAAGACCACAUUACUGCACUUCUUAGCAGAAAUUUGUGAGGAGCAGUUCCCUGAUGUGAUCAAGUUAGUUGACGAGCUGGUGCACGUGGAUCGAGCAAGCAGAGUCUCUGCAGAGAAUCUGGAAAAGAGCCUCAGGCAGAUGGAGAGGCAGCUGCUGCAGCUCGAAAGAGACCUGGAGACUUUCUCCUCCACUGAUGACCCUAACGACAUGUUCCUCACCAAAAUGACUAGCUUCUUAAAAGUGGCGCAAGAGCAGUAUGGAAAGCUGGCAAUCAUGCACAGCAAUAUGGAGACGAUGUAUCAAAACCUACUGGAGUACUUUGCUGUUGAUCCCAAGAAGACGUCUGUGGAGGAGUUGUUCACUGACCUUAGCAACUUCCGCUCCAUGUUCACCCAAGCCCUGAAGGAGAAUUAUAGGCGGAAGGAGUUGGAGGAGAAGCAGAGGAGAGCACGGGCUGCAAAGGAGAAGGCUGAUCGUGAAAAGCAGGAGAGACAGCAGAAGAAGAGGAGGUUACUGGAAGUCAAUGCAGAGAAUGAUGAGACGGGUGUGAUGGAUAGCUUGCUGGAAGCCCUGCAGUCUGGAGCUGCAUUCAGAGAGCGUAGGAAGAGAGUGCCAAGACCCAGAGAUAACUACCAGCAGACGAUCAGCCCCAGCUCCUUUCGCCAGGUUCUCAGGCCUGUUAACUAUGAAAACAACAAGGUACCUUUGCAAAGGUCUCGCUCCCGGCAGAAUGUUAAUGUGAGCUCGACGGCAGCGAAAGCUCCCGCUGCCAAGGAGGUACGCAAUGAGUCUGAGGGCCAUCCAUCUGUAGCCAGGGCCAAGGCUUCUGCCUGUUUCGAAGUGGGUCGCAAGUACAAGAACACUCCGGGUCACAGCUGUGGGCUGGACAGGGAGCAGGCGGCGGAGAGAGAGAUGGUCAAGCUGGCUGAGAAAAAGACGGAAAUUGAAGCGGAGACUUCUGCCAUCCAGCCAUCCCCCGCUGACGCCAAUGGAGAGCCUGAUGUGGAGGCUCUCCUGGCCCGACUUAGAGCGUUGUAAGAUUAAUUUCUUAUCACUGAAGGAAAAUGUUACAACAUAGUAUGCUUCUGACAUCACAUUAAAACAUGCAUUUCAUGUAGGCUAAGGAUUUUCCUUUGAAACAUUACCUGAAAGGAUCAACAUUACUAAAAAGGGGAAGCUGUCAGCCAUGAGUCGGCAAACACUUGAUAACAUUAAAGUAAUGAAUCUGAAUACUCAGAUUUUAAUGCUCCAUGACACAAAAGUAAUUAAAAACAAUGAAUUCCCAAAUUAUUCAGCAGAAUAUUAUCCUGACAAGUGUAUUGCCAACAUGAUUGCUGCAUAUUAAUCAAACGAUUUUAUUUUUGCGCUGAAAGAUGCAACAUUGCUCAGCAGUUCUUUGUAUCGCAGAGGUAUGCAAUAUCAUAUAAACCUUCACGUUAGUGUUUUUAAUAUUUUCUACCAAAUGUAUCGGUUUUGAUUGCAAAUUAGAUACUGUCCUUUGUAUGUUAGAAGUUGAAGACUGCAUCACUUAUAUAUGGUAAUAACAACUUUUUAUGCUUUGUAUACUUUAAAAAGAUUUGUAUUUUCUUCCUCUAUGUUGUUUUGAUAUAUUUUAUAUUAAAUGCUCUGGCCAUGAAACACCUCUAAAAGUAUUAAUAAAUAUAAAUCAUUACUCAUAAAAAAUUAAGCCAUGAUUAUACUUUAAUGUUGUUUAAAUCGGGGUUCCUAUACAAUCUUAAAGAGUCUGGAAAAGAAUGGUAUUUGCUUUUACGAUUAAUUUUUUUUUCUUUUAUUUCCCAUAAGGACAAAUAUCUAAAAGUACUUAAUGUACUCUGGGAUUUUUAUAUCGAUUUAUAUUUAAAUGAAAUGCUUUAUAUUUCAUUUAACACAUGACACCUUGAUUUUAACAUUUUAGCUAUCUGCAUUUUGGUUUUUGACCUACUGACUGAAUGCUUGCUCAUACAAUAUUUUUUUAUCAUUUUGUAUAGAUAAGCAAUACAAAUUUCACUACUUUAAAUCUUUGUUGAAUGUUUUUUUCUACAAACAGGAUGAAAAGUUCACAAACCGUGUUUUGAAGAAAUUGAAUAUUUCGUAUUUCCAAAAAUAUAUAUGAGAUCUUGAAAUUUUAAGUCUGAAAAAGUAUUGAUUUUGAAAUAAAAAUUGUGUAGGAACCCUGCUAAAUUUCAUUAGUUUUUAGUUGUAACAAUCUUUAUGUUCUGAAUUUUUAUAACAUUUGUGUGAAGUAGGUAAGUUUGCAAAAGGAUAAAACUGUUGUCUAAACUUUGUGAAGAUGCUGUUCUUCAUUCUAACAUUCCUUCUGACAUUACUCAUUGUAAGCAUAUUUGUGUCUUUAUUUGUAUUCUUCAAUUUUAUUGAAAUAUUUACAAUAAAACGUAAGCAGUUUUGUUUUGCCUUUCAUGGAUCCCUA